AUGGACUUGGAUUGCUUUCUUCCUAGCAGCAGCUCUACCUUCCGGGCAAUCAGAUGCAUAUGCAUGGAUCCCAUGUGUAGACUCGCGCAGCAAAGGUUCAAGAAGGUGAACGACGCUAGGGGCGGGUUUUUUACUGUUCCUGCUGCUACUCAAAGUAGCUACGAUCCCAAAGAAGUUGCAGUUGCAUCAACGAUAAAUGCUGGAUCCGCAGAAUCAAAAAUGCUGAUGACGACAGGGGAAAAGAAAAGGAGGAUGGUAGAAUUGCUGAUGGGUGGUGGCAAUGGCAUUCCGCAGCAACGAUGUUUUGUUGCGAUGCUUCAUUUUUCGCCGUACGUUCUCAGGAAGAAAUGCCUGAGAAAGAGAGGCACAGAGCAUGUCUACUGCUGGUUGUUACCAAAAAGAAACAGCGAUGAUGGGGAAUCUGUUGCUCCAAAUUAUCUGAUCCAAGAUGCGCAACGGGAUGUGCUAGAAACCAAAAAUGCUGUGAACCAAAGGCCCGUGUACACAAGAGCGUCAAGGAAAAGCACAGAGGAGAUGGUGAAGCUGUUUCUUGGUAAUCGGACAAAAUUGACCCGUGUAGAACGGAAAAGGAUCAGAGAUUAUGCACAGUUCGUUAAAAACCAGAUGAAGAAAGGAAAGAAGCUUCCUCUGGAAAAGGAAUCGCGGUUGGAACAAAUCGGAUUUUUUGAUGAGUUUCCAAGACCGGAAAUAUCAGUAGGAACAGAAGGGGAAGGGAUGGAAAAUUUGGAAGCAACCCUGAUUGAGCACAAUUUUAAAUUGUGA